UUGUCGGGCGGUUGACUCCAUUGAACUUUCCACCCCGACGACGGGGCGAACUGGCGGCGAGGAGGGCACGAGACUGCGACCACGCCAGGCGUCAAGUGUUUGUGGUGGUGGCUGGUGGUCUGAUAAGCGGUAACGGUUGGCGCUUGGUCGGAUGCUGUAUGCUCUGGCGCUGGCAUAUUCCCACCACCCCCGGCAUACCCACUAUUGACUUGCUAUUGCCAGUUUUGGACUGGCUGGCGAACCGCCAUUUGUUCCACGCUCGCGACCGCUCGCUCGUUCAUCCUUUGCUUUUGUGCGACAAAUCGCCUUCGCCGUUCGCUAUUUGAACAUUGAAUUUACGACGACAAGGACGACAACGAGGACGAUGUGAUGAGGACGAUGUCGUUGUGAGAUUCUUUCCGUGUACGUUUUUUUUGUGUUCACUUUCUGGUGCAAUUUCGAGUGUGUGUCCUUUGAAUUCUUGGCGUUGUUCGAUGGACGCUAAGAUUCGGAUUAAUCGGUGUUUCGGUCGCCUGUGAAUUUGAUCCUGAUUUGUGUUGUUCAGGUGAAAUAGGACAAGAGAGGAUGGACGACGUUUUGGUUACUGUGCGGAAUUUUUGAAUUGGUCGCAUCCUGGAGUUUUGUGCAAUUUGUGGAUAGGGUGAAACGUUCUUUGCUGAUCGGAUCAAGGACUAAAAUUAAUUUCUUCUUGUGUGUGAACAGUGGUCGUUCAUUAUGAAUGGUGAAAAUUCAACGUUAUUGCCGGAAGUCUCAGAUCCUCGUAACUCACCGGUGACAUGCUACUCACCGCAGAACCGAAUUGUUCCAUGGGGACAUCACAAUGGGAUGUCAGCAGCGGCAGCAGCUGCGGCCUCAAAUUCGGCCGACAACAAUAUGAUGGGCUGUACGAAUCGCAAAGGUCAAAAUCUAGGACUCAUUUGUGUUGUAUGCGGUGAUACCAGCUCCGGGAAGCACUAUGGCAUCCUCGCGUGCAACGGCUGUUCAGGAUUUUUCAAACGAAGCGUUCGACGAAAGCUCAUUUACAGAUGCCAGGCGGGGACAGGACGAUGCGUUGUGGAUAAGGCGCACAGGAAUCAGUGCCAGGCGUGCAGACUGAAAAAAUGUUUACAGAUGGGCAUGAAUAAGGAUGCCGUGCAGAAUGAGAGACAACCCCGCAACACAGCAACUAUUCGACCAGAAGCUCUGCGGGAUAUGGAGCACGGACGGGCUCUGCGGGAAGCCGCUGUGGCCGUUGGCGUUUUUGGGCCUCCAGUCCUUUUGUCUCCUUCACGAUACGCUCCAGGAUUGUUAACACCUCCAUCUUUAAACGGGCUUCCCACAUCACAACUGCUACAUCAUAGUCAAAUCUCUACGUCAAUGCAUCUAACAUCGAGUCUCUCCCACCAUACAUCGUCCUUCGCAUUCAGUAACGGAAGCUCCAUGCAUGCGAAUAACAACAACAAUAAUACAAGUAACAACAACCACACAGACCUAGGUAGUAACAAUAUUUCGACGUCAGCAAAUUCGAGUAGCACGUCAAUUCCCGCCAACUCACCUGUAAAUAAUGAACAGAGUUCAGUAAACGGAUUAGAUCAGAAACACAACCAUGGAAGCGUCUCGUCUGUUGGCUCGGCAAGUCCUCUACCUGCAAAUGACAACGAUGACGACUCCAUUGAUGUAACGAACGACGAGGAGCCGGAGCGAACCAGUGUUAAUCCACUUUCAGUUCCUCAUUUCAUGUCCAGUUCGAUUUAUGGACAUCCUCAAGAGACUGUUUACGAAACGAGCGCAAGACUUUUAUUUAUGGCUGUGAAAUGGGCGAAAAAUUUGCCUAGUUUUGCUAGUUUGGCAUUUCGUGAUCAAGUAAUACUUCUGGAGGAAUCCUGGUCGGAAUUGUUUCUAUUGAACGCAAUUCAAUGGUGCAUGCCACUUGAUCCUUCAACGUGUGCCCUGUUUUCUGUUACGGAACAUUGCAAUAAUAUAAAUAAUAAUUGCGUUUCAAAGAGUGAGAUCGCUGCUGAUAUAAGAACCCUUUACGACACCUUGUGCAAAUUCAAGGCAGUUCUCGUCGACCCGGCCGAAUUCGCCUGCCUCAAAGCGAUCGUUCUCUUUCGACCUGAAACGCGCGGUCUCAAGGACCCGGCUCAAAUCGAAAACCUUCAGGAUCAAGCGCACGUUAUGCUCUCUCAGCACACUCGAGCUCAAUUUCCCACUCAAAUUGCCCGUUUUGGACGCCUCCUCUUGAUGCUGCCCCUGCUCCGGAUAGUGAACUCGCACAAGAUCGAGUCGAUCUACUUUCAACGAACAAUUGGCAACACACCAAUGGAAAAAGUGCUGUGUGACAUGUGUUCCAACAAGAAACUUACAUAAAGAUACUUACAUACAUACAAUAGUACUCGUAAUGCAUGCAUGCUAGUCAGAAAUACAUAAGUCGCUUUACACCACCCACACUUAAUUCCGAGCGUCACAGACUCAGUAGAAUCCUAAGGAAAUUCGAAAUUCAAGAAGAAAUCUCGGAAGACAAUGUGGAGCUGUACAUUUACCAGAUAUUACCAUCUAUUGACAAAUUUAGAGAUUGUAUUGAACUAUUCAAGGGUUAGAUUACGAUAUGGCAAACGAUCAAUGUGCUUUAAUUUAUUGAAUUUUUAUUUUAAUUUUUGGAAAUGUUAGAAACCCUGUUUUAAGUUGUAAUGUGUGUUUCAAGUACGAGCCUUAAGGAUGUUUUCGUUUGUUCUACAAACUACCAUUA